AUGACUACUGUAGUAUUUGGCGCUUUUGAAUUAAAAAAUGCUUUCGAAGAGUGCGAACGAAUUCGAAAAUUCCCAAUUUCACGACGAAAAUUGCUUUCGAAAUCGACAAUCGUUAACCAGCAUCAGAAAUCCUCAACAACGAUGGACGAGGAUGUGCAAGAAAUCGAUUAUGGAGCGCAGGAGAAACCUUCAAGUGAUCUCAUCGUGGAAAUUCCGAAAAAUGAAGAGAUUAAAUCCUCAACAGCGACAGCCGACGAUUUCGUAUCGCAACGUGACGACGAAUUCCCUCAAGUGGUCGAUGUUGAGAGAUUCGAUCGGAAAUCUACUGAUAGAGAGGAUCCCCUCAUCGAUCAGCCAACUCCAACAGAAACGCCAAGCGCUGAAGAAGUCCCGAAAUUGAGCGACGACACUAUGCCACUUUCAAAUCCCGAACCCCUCCCGCAAACGCAUAUGUCCGUCGACUCGGAGAAUGGAGAUUAUGAAAAACUCAACGCCGAUGAGGCUGAUGAGGAACGAGAGGCGCCAAGAAUUGAGAAAACGAAUCCAAUUGUUGACAUUUCUCCGGAAACAACGAAAAUCGAAUCGGCAACGGUGGAUAACGAAAAAGAGGCGACACUGAAAGAAAGUUGCGAGAAAAACGAUAAAUGCGGUUGCCCUUUCUCCGAAAAUCGUCACCUCGUCUUCGCGGUUGGCGCCGGUUUAGCGUUGUUGGCGCUCGUUUUGGCGGCGAGACGGUGUCACACAAGUGCGAAAUGUCAC